AUGCCUGAAGGUACAAUGAAAGCGCUCUGGUACAAUGCCCCCAAGGACUUCGAGAUUAGGCAAGUACCUAUCCCGAAGCCUGGAGACGACGACGUCUUGCUCAAAGAAUUCGCGCAUAUAGUCGCCUGCUGCGGCGUCUGUGGCACCGACGGCCAUAUUCACGAGGGCGAGUUUAUCUCCAAAUUUCCCCUCAUCCCAGGCCACGAGGCCGUUGGGACAAUCGUCGAGCUGGGGAAGAACGUGAAAGGCUUUGAGAUCGGUGACCGCUGCGUCGCCGACGUUGGCAUCACGUGCGACGAUUGCUUCUAUUGCCGCCGUGGCCAAUCGCUCUUGUGCGAAAAUUUUAACUCGCGUGGUGUCACCCAGGACGGCGGCUUCGCCGACUAUGUCGUCUACCAACAGAAGAAGCUGUACAAGAUUAACAACCUUUCCGACGAGGAUGCGACCCUCCUUGAACCCGCCGCAUGUGCUAUUCACGGGCUCGACAAACUUUCGCCACCCGUCGGCGUGGAAGUUCUGUUGCUCGGCGCGGGCCCCACCGGCCUGAUCCUCGCGCAGCUGCUCAAGCUCAACGGCGCUUCGCGCGUAGUCAUCGCCGCGAACAAGGGCAUCAAGAUGGACAUUGCUAAGCAGCUGGACGCUGGUGACGAGUAUAUCGAGUUGGACAGGCAGAACCCCGGACCGCAGUGGCAGAAACUGAAGGACGACAACCCGUAUGGAUUUGAUGUCGUUGUCGAGGCGACGGGCGUGGAGGCGCUGGCGAACGAGAGUAUCAACUACGUGAGGAGGGGCGGUACGCUGAUGGUCUACGGUGUCUACGAGAACAAGGCCCGCGUCCACUGGCCUCCCGCGAAGAUCUUUGGUGAUGAGAUUAAGAUCAUCGGCUCGUUCUCGCAGACAUUCUGCUUCCCGCGUGCGGUAGCCUACCUCGACAGUGGGAAGAUCCGCGUCAAGGGGAUGGUGACGGAUGUCUUCAAGCUCGAGGAAUACCAGGCGGCUUUGGACAAGAUGAACAGCCGAGGCGCGGUCAAGAUCUGCAUCAAGCCUUGA